AUCCGGAACAAGAAUGUAAGAGCGUCCUCUGCGCCAGACGGAAUACGUAAAUGCAGAGCGCAUGAGCAUUUGCAAAAGCGUCCCCAUCAGCGUGCCUGGCGGAAGUCUGACGUCCAGUAUUUGUCCGGACUUGGGGACCCCAGCACAAGCACGGAGGUCUCCAUGAGGCCAGAGUCGCCAUGUCUAAUGAGGACAGAAGUCCGGCUCGGGUUCGCCGCUUUGUUCGGUCACUGACUUCACGUUCCACCUGCCGCAGGUUUCGAGCGGGUUUGGCGCCUCCUCAGUCGUUGGUCCGGUAGCGACAGCUUCUCAGACACGCGCGCACCGCAGCUUUGGGCGGUGGAGUUCCGGUGGUCACGACUGCUCUCCAUUGGUUCCAGUUCCCACGUGCUCGUGUGAGCGCCACUCAUGGGUCCUCCCUCUCCCACAUUAACGUGCUCGGGGCUGCAGCGGGCCUGAACCUCGGAGAAGGAACAUUUUCUGGCUUGAGCCCUCUCUUAACCCAUGUCGAGUUCCCUCCAUCGUCUCCUUGACCCCGUUCAUCGCAUGUGGGCGGAGUCGGGGAGGAUCGCUGGACGAGGGACCUAGGGCUGUGCCCAGCAGGUGGCCUGCGGGACAGCCCACACUCUGCCCUGCCCACUCUGUAGCCAUCCCCAUUGACCCCAGAGGCCAGAAUGGAGAGCACAUGCCAGCCCUGCGGAGGCGCACACACCCCGCCUGUUUGGCCCUUUCUAAACCUAGACACGAGCUGAGCUGGAACGUGGACCCUGGUGGGCUUCUCAGAGGCAGCUACCACAAUGGCUGCACACUCAUGCUGGCCGGCAGGAUGGCAUGAGGCAGUAUCUGGUGGACUAUGGGGCUCCCCACCUCCCGGUGCCACCUGAACCUCCAAAGGGGUGCCAGGCACCAAGGGGCCCUGCAAAUGGACUCAGGAAGGCCUCCAUUUGUCCCCACGGACCCCACUUGCCCACCCCUGGGCAUACACAUAGCAGGUGCUCAGCCACAUUGUUAACCGACUGUAAAAGUUUGCACCAGCCCUACCCCAAUUCCAGGAGCAUCUCAGACCAGAGUCUGGGUACCCUUGGACUAUCAUUAUUGAAAGGUUCGCCGAGGAGUUAAAAGUCUGAGGCACAUGUCCAAACCAAGCAACUUUAUUUGCCUGUCAGGGCUGAGCCUAAAAUGCAUCAGCCGCCUGCAGGAGUUUGUGGGGGUUUUUAUAGGGUAAGCAAUAAAGGAAGUAGUUGCAAACAUACAUGAGCAGUUAUGAUUGCAGAACGGGCACUUCUGCAGAAAUUUUCUAUGGACCUUUACAGUUCUGCUACUUUCUGUAUCAGGAAACCUGUGGUUGGGUGCUUGUUAUUUUUACCCCAGAGGAUGUCUGGCAGCUUUAUCAGUGGGGUGAGGGGUGUUGCCUCCCUCCCGUGCCCCUGGUGACCCCUAACAAUUAUUAACAGGAAUAUAAGGAAUGUGCGUGUUCCUGUUAAAGUUUAAGAAAGUAUUUUAUUAAGAGAGUCUAUCCUGCUGAGCAAAGAUGGCUACAGCCUGGGCUACACGUCUAAAGGAGACUUGCAACUCCCAGGGAGGGUGUGAGGAGGGUUAUAUAGGGGCGAUGACAGGGUAGCAUUGUUUGAACAGAAAGCGUUGACUGCCUGUAAGCCAGUAGCUAUUUUGUGGCGUUUUCUUUUAUUGCAAGUUUGACUCUGUCUGCAGGUGCAGGCCAACAAACAUUUUGUUUCCUUGCAGACAUGGCUCUGUCUGUAAGUCAAGGUCCCUGAGACCUAACAUUCAGAUACCUAACACUAAGUCCAGGUCUCUAACAUUCAGAGACCUAACAGUAACAGCUCAGGAGGACACAGGCCCUGAAGCUGGCCUGGGUUGGGGGUUAGAACCCAGGCUCUAGCAGGAGCACAGGAGCUGCUCUGGGAGGCCAAGGCCCCAGCCCUUGUCACGUAUGGCUCUUAACUCUGCUCUCCACCCUGGUAUGUGCAGAGCAGCAGCCUAGGGCCUCCCACUGGGCCUUGUGGGGAUACAGGAGCUAAUUGGGUUCCUCACUGGUCAUGGAGGGACCCUCUCUGAUCCUUGAGGGCCCUGCCUUGUCCUGGGGGCUGCCCCUGGGGAGGUGCUGACUGGGGAAAGCACGGAGGCUGGGCAAAGGCAGUGGCACCAUUCACCCUCACACUGAGCAGGAUCCAGAUGGGCUCCUGCCUUUUCAAAAGCUGAGAGGGACCCACCCCACUAAACCUGUUUCCCCCUUAAGCAUGGAAAUUAGGACAGAAUCAGACAAGGCCAGUUUGGAGCUUGUGGCCUGGCCACUCACUGGUUGUCACUUGAUAAAGGACAUCAUUAUAGGCGUCACAAGGUGACCCACCGUGCUUUGAAGGGAUAUGAAUUUACAACAGUCUCACAGAUUUGUGAUGGCUGCGAUUUGGGGGUACAAGGCACAAACUGGGGGACAACGGGGAUCUAGACUUUAGGAGGGGGAAUCUAAGGCCUUAACUGGAGAAGCAGGGACUUGGAUUUGGGAAGACCCAGAGGCAGGAAUUGGAGAACGACUAGAGACUAAUAUUGGGGAAGAACCAGGCAUCCGAAUUUGACGUAACCAGAAACGGGAAUUUAGGAAGUUAUAGGUAACGGAGCCGGGAGGACAAGGCGAUCGGGAUUUGUAGUGUGUGUGUGUACCUAAGGCCAAAGCCCAAACAUUUGUGGGGCACUCAGGCAUUCCUCACUCUUGCACAUUGGACGUGCAGACAGCGUGGACCUAGGCCGGAAGUCCUGCCCGCCCCGGGAAUGACCAAUCACCAGCAUUCAAGUAAUUGGAAGGCGGGAUGACGUGAGGCGUCUCCAAGGCUAUCGCGAGUUGCCGGAAGCCUCCAGCUUUACUCCGAAGCAGAUGUCUCCACCCUUUCUCUAAUAGGGGUAGGCUUGGCGGUCGCCACGGUAACCAUGGUGCUGGUUCAAGCCUUGACCAGUUCGCAUAUUCCUUUACUGUCCUGUUCUCCAUUGCAUUGGCCUCCAGGCGGAACUACAUUUCCCUCAAAUCUCCGAGCUGGCUCUUAGGGGCCCUUCCUACCGGUUCCUUCGGGCCCGAAAGGAGACGAGAGGAAGUCAGCUUCCUGACCUCCUCUGGAGGUCUCUUUGGCGGGGAGAGGAGGAAGGGACCCUGGGCACCGUGCCUGCCUGGAGAACCAGUAAGACGGAAGUCCUCCGGGCGCCCACAGCAGCCCACUCGGGGCGCCGCUGUGGCGCGGGCGGCCGACCCCUGCGCUUCAGGAAACUACUAGCCUCUCCAUUUCUACUCAGCUUGUCUGGAUCCUGCAACCAGUUCCCUGAGUUGGAGGCCAUUCUCAGGUUGGAAGUUCCAGCAGCCCAGGACGCUUAGCAUGGAAGAGUACCUAGGCUGAUUCCCAUUGAGCUGCCCUGGGCCAUCAGGAGAGGCCUGAGGUGGAACUGAGCACCCUCCACAGAGGACAGAGCUGGGAAACGCCCUCUCAGGAGGGGGAGCUGUGUGGAGGGACAGCAGGCAGCAGGACAACUUCCCCAGGGCACAGGCUCCCAGGGCUGUGGCCUUGGCAUGAGCUCAAAUCCAGCCUGCCUCAGUUGCCAUGACAACCAGGAUUUUGGAGAGCGGCGGGACUACGUGUCCCAGCAGUCCCGGCGAGGGCUCCCGCCUACCCUUGAGGCGGCACCAAGUCAGUCGCCCUGCGGCAGGGAGAAACAGCGAGAAAGGCUCUGCGAGGCUUGCGGGGCGGGGACCAGGACCUGUGCGGCCGCCCUCGGCGAGCUGUGGAGAGCUGGGGGUGACCCAGAAAGCAUCAGUCCUGGGAUCCUCAUUCUUUGGCCCAGUUCUCCACCUUUCCCCUCCUGGGAACUGUCAACCUCCCUUUCUCUGCCAGAUCGUACAGCAGGACACCAUGUUGGGGGCUGGACCCACGAUGAAGGCUUGGGCCCAGAACUCUGGGCAGGGAGACCCAGGGAACCCAGAUCCCCAGGAAACCAACAGGGGCCAAGAGGAGAGACCCAAGACAGAGCUGAAGCCCCUGGCAGAGGACCUAGAAGAGAUGCCCUCUCACAAGGGAGACCUGUGUGGAGGGACAGCAGGUGGCAGGACGACUUCCCAAGGUGGGGGCUCCAGGAGCUGGGGCCUUGGUGUGAGCCGCAGCCCGGAAACCCAUCAGACUGCAGGGCCAUGUGGCCCCACCUCCUCUCAGGAACCUGACUUGGUCACCCCCCAGGGGCUGAAUGCUGGGGAGGGCCCCUAUUGGUGCCCAGCGGGUGCCAGGGCCUCCAGCCAUAACUCAUGCUGGGCUCUGCAUCACAGAUCGCCCCCUGGGGAGAAGCCUCCUAUGUGUGACCAAUCUGGGGGCCAAACAUUGCUCUUCAGCUGCCCCUGGGCUCAGCUGUGCGAGGUCCGCACAGAUUAUCCAUCUGGCAAACAGAUUCCGAGGACCCUGCAUCCGACCCUCCUCCAGCAGAGCCCCCUAGUGGGGCUGCCUGGCGCAGGCCCAUGUAGUGAGGCCUUUGCCUGGAGGGCCGCGCUGGCCCUGCAGGACCAGGGGCAGGUGGCAGAGGAGCUCCGAAGCCCCCAUGAGCAGCAGCAGAUGGGUGAGGUUCCGUGCGGCUUGGCCUCGGGUUCUUGCCCCAGUGCCCCCCCAGCCCAGGGGCUGUAUGUGUGUGACAUCAGCAAGGCUUUCACGCGCACCUCGAGCCUGCUGCAGCACGAGCGCAUCCACAAGGGAGAGCGGCCAUACGAGUGCGCAGAGUGUGGCAAGACCUUCAUGCGCUGCUCCGGCCUCUACAGCCACCAGAAGAGACACACGACUGAGCGCCACCGCCGAGGUCUGGCCCUGGCCCAGAGGUCCUUUCUGUUGAGGCGCCUGCCUUGUGGAGACUGUGGCCAAGGCGUGCCCGUUGCCGAGGAGAAGCCGUAUGCGUGCCCCGAGUGCAGCAAGGCCUUCAACCAGCGUUCCAUGAGCCAGCACCAGCGUACACACACCAGCGCCAAGCAGUACGCGUGCCCUCUGUGCGAGAAGGUCUUUAAGGGCCGCUUGCGCCUGCUGCAGCACCAGCACGCGCACACCAGCGAGCAGCCCUACGCAUGUGCCCAGUGCGGCCGUGCUUUCAGCCAACGCUCUAACCUCGACGAGCACCAGAAGCAGCACCGCGUUGCGCCCUAACCCGGGGAUCCCCCCUGAGUGAGAGGUUGUGAGUAGGGUGUAGAGGCUGUGAGCAGGGUGCACUGGGAGGCGGUGAGCUUAGGACCCAGCCCCCACGGGGGCUGCACGUGCUGGGAGCGACCGGUGCAGAGGAUCACGGCUGGAGAAACUCCCUACGAUGGCAGCCCCCCUGGUGAACCUAGGCCAGGUUGGGGACAGGUGUAGCUGGGAGGUGGUUCACAGUCCUGAGAGGGGUGCAUCCCUGCAGAGACAGAUCUUCAAGUGGUGGCUGCUUAAUGAGGGUGUCCUUAGGAAUGAAACUGAUGGGUAACUUACUAAAAAGCUAUUUGACCUAUGUGACAAAUUCUCCAGAUCUGGUGUUCAGAAGCCUGACUUGAAAUGUCACAAUAAAGACUCAUUGUGUCACCCAGAUUCUAGACCUAGGUCGUUCCCAGAUGCAGUGUAUGUCUCUGGAUUGAAGGGAGACCAAUACCUCUUAAGGAAGGACCAGCGUUGCCACAAGGAUAGACAAAUCUUCCUCAAAGGACCGGCACCGUUUUUCGUGGGGGCAGGAAAUACCCAGAUCAGGAAUAGAGAGAGACUUGGUGACUUGAGGCUAAAUCCUCAAGCACUCUGUGGAGUUUCAUUGUGAUCAGAUAACAAAAUGAGUUUGGGCUUCUUGUUUCCCCUGCACACCCAUGUGGUCAUGUCCUCAGUUCCUGGAUAAGUAUGUAAUUGGAAGAGACAUUCAGCAAUGGCAGAAUCCCCAAAAUGACUCUGCUCCCCACAGGGCAAGGACCCUUAAGGUAGGAAGGUCCAAGCAGAAGCCCCUGGAACACCCCCUCCCUGCCAAGAUGGUAAAGCACAAGCAAUACCACAUUC